AAACGUGUCCAUUCCUCUUAUUUUUUCUUUCCUUAACCCAAUUGAAUUAGGAAUAAAAAGUAUAGUAUAUAAUAUAAUGUAGUCAUAUUAUUAACCUCUACAACUCGUUCACCGCCAUUCCUCACGCAACUUCCAACCCUAAACCCUUAUAAAUAUAUUCACACACUUCUCUUUCAGUCCUUCACUCUUUCACUCAACUCUUCUCCUUUGUGUUAAAGUUUAUUAGUUUCUUUCUUUUUCUCUCUACAACCGUUACUAGAAUUUCUCGAUGGCACUUGAAGCUUUGAAGUCACCCACGGCCGCUCUACCACCGCCACCGCGUCCUGAAGAGGUUGAUGAUGCUCAUAAUUUGGAUUCAUGGGCUAAAGGAAAACGAUCGAAACGAUCACGUUUUGAAAACCCACCAACUGAAGAAGAGUAUUUAGCACUCUGUCUCAUCAUGCUCCACCGCGAUGACGGUACAGGAAUCGGAAAGGGAACCGAUUCGACUGAUGUUGCUAUUCAAAAACAACCGGAGAAAAAACCCGCCGAAUUGAGGCCGGUUUUUAUUCAAGAGAAAACAGAGCAAUUAUACAAGUGUAGCGUGUGUGACAAGGCUUUUACUUCUUAUCAAGCACUUGGUGGGCAUAAAGCAAGUCACCGUAAAACUCCUACUACGGCCACCGCUAUCGCCUCCGACGAUAACAAUCCGUCGACGUCAACUUCCACAAGCGGCGGCGUUAAUAUCUCUGCUCUGAAUCCGAGUGGUCGUUCACACGUUUGCUCUAUUUGUCAAAAGGCUUUUCCAACUGGUCAAGCUUUGGGUGGACACAAACGCCGCCACUACGAAGGUAAACUCGGUGGUAACAACCGUGAUAUAAGCGGCGGAGGCGUACAUAGUGGAAGCGUUGUGACUACAUCAGACGGCGGCGGCGCGUCGACUCACAUGCCGCGUGGCUUUGACCUAAACAUGCUUCCAUCGCCGGAAUUGCAAUUGGAUCUGAGCAUCGACUGUGGAGGUAGAGGUCAACUUCCUAUUGAACAAGAAGUGGAAAGUCCUAUGCCUGCUAAGAAGCCGCGUUUAUUUUUCGAUUGAAAAUUCUUAUAGCAAUUUGAAGAUUAAAUUGUGUUGGUCAAAUUAGUUAAUUGGUUUUUCAUGUGAUUUAUUAGAAGUAAAAUAUUGAUUGUUUUUUUACCCUUUUAGUUAAAGGGUACCUUUUAUAUGUAUAGAGACAGUAAGUAGGUCAUUCAUUGCUUUUACACUUUCUAGUUUCUAUCUAUUGACAAUAUAAGAUUCUUUUUUAUUUA